GGCCGGCAGAGCCAUUCCGAGUGCAAGGAGCAGGAGAAUGAUGCCGGAAGGAGCCAAUCUGCCGGCGUGGCUGCUGCGGAGGGUGGGCUAGAGCGGUCGGUGAGCUGCGGGUGUUGGCUGCAGUUUCUCAGGCUUAGAAUGGAAAGAGUGAAUACGUUGAGAUUGUCUGGCCAUGGGAAGGAGAAGAUGCCUGCUCCAAGGGUUCCAGUGCUGGCAGCAAGAUCACUGGAUCUCUUCUCUUCCAGGAGACAUGGAGGUCUAUUUGUGGUUGGAGCUACCUGACUAGAUAAAGUAUAGAUCAGUCUGCUGUGAAAGUACCUCACAUGAAGAAGACUGCCUGAUGGUUUAGUUUCUGCUGAAUAUAUCGUGUCAUCAGAUGAGCCUUUUUAGAAAAUUAAAAACCAAAACCAGUAUUUUCUUGUUUCUGGGUUUUGUUUGGAAUAUUUUGUCCCCUGUCAAUUCAGGAAUAGAUUGAAGAAAACAUGGCCAAUCAACGGGAUUACAUUAGCAGACCUAUUUGCAAUGGAAUUUCUGUUCCUGAAAAUAAAAUCAAUUCCUUAGUGGCUGAAGGUCAUGGACAACAAAUUCUAAAAGUACUACAAAAGUUCAGAGAACAAAAUAUAUUUUUUGAUUUUAAAAUUCGUGUGAAAGAUGAAAUAAUUCCCUGUCAUCGUUGCGUACUGGCAGCAUGCAGUGAUUUUUUCAGAGCCAUGUUUGAAGUUAAUAUGAAAGAACGGGAUGAUGGCAAUGUUACUAUUAGUAACCUAUCACCCAAGGCAGUGAAAGCUUUUCUUGAUUAUGCUUACACAGGAAAAACAGAGAUAACCAAUGAUAAUGUGGAAAUGCUGUUCCAACUGUCGUCAUUUCUUCAAGUUUCACUCCUUUCCAAAGCUUGCAGUGACUUCCUAAUAAAAAGUAUUGAUCUUGUGAAUUGCUUACAGUUGCUUUCUCUAUCAGAAAGUUAUGGGUCUGUCCGCUUGUUUGAUCAUGCACUAGAUUUUGUACAACACCACUUUUCAUUGCUGCUCAGAUCGAGUGACUUCUUGGACAUGAAUUUUGAGAUAUUACAAAAAUGCCUCGAGGCUGAUGAACUAGAUGUCCCUGAGGAAGAAUCAGUGUUGAAAGCUGUCCUCCAAUGGACCAAACACAACUUAGAAACACGGCAGAAAUACCUGCCUAAUUUGAUUAAAAAAGUGAGAUUACACCAGUUACCUGAAAAGACUUUGCAGGACUUUCUGCAUUCUGAAGAGCACUUACUUAAGAGUGCUAAUUGCUCAGUAAUAAUCAAUGAUGCCGUUAAAAGUGUGCAGAACUUCAGUGGAUUGUUUCCAGAUGCACGUCCUUCAACAACAGAAAAAUAUAUAUUUGUUCAUAAAACUGAUGAAGAUGGAGAAAACAGACAUACGUUCUGCUACAACAUCAAAACCGAUAAAUGGAAAGAACUACCACAUACGCACAUGAUUGAUCUGCCAGGGUCAAGUUUGUCUAGCUAUGGAGAAAAAAUAUUUAUAACUGGAGGAUGCAAGGGUAAUUGUUAUAGGACUGUCAGGCUUCAUAUUGCUGAACCGUUUCAUGAUGCCACUGACCAAACCUGGUGCUACUGCCCAGUCAGCAAUGAAUUCUCCAUAGUGUCAGCUAUGAAAAAACCGAGGACAAUGCACACAUCUGUUGUAACCUUAAAUCAGCUCUUUGUGAUAGGUGGAAAGACCAGAGGAGCUCAAGAAACUCGGAGUCUUUUGGAUGUAGAAUCCUAUAACCCUCUUUCCAAAGACUGGAAAUCUGUAAGCCAGUUACCAAGAGGUAUCUACUAUCCGGAAGCAAGUGCAUGCCAGAAUAUAAUUUAUGUCCUUGGCUCAGAAGUAGAGAUUACUGAUGCCUUUAAUCCAUCCCUUGACUGUUUCUUUAAGUAUAAUGCUAUGACUGAUCAGUGGUCUGAGCUUGUAGCAGAAUUUGGGCAGUUUUUCCAUGCAACUCUAAUCAAAGCUGUUCCAGUGAACUGCACAUUGUACAUAUGUGAUCUCUCCACCUACAAGGUUUACAGUUUUUGCCCAGAAACCUGUGUUUGGAAAGGGGAAGGAUCUUUUGAAUGCGCUGGCUUUAAUGCAGGAGCAGUUGGGACAGAAGACAAAAUUUAUAUACUAGGUGGUGAUUAUGCUCCAGAAGAAAUCACAGAUGAAGUUCAAGUCUACCACAGUAGUAGGUCUGAGUGGGAAGAAGUUUCGCCAAUGCCAAGAGCCUUAACUGAGUUUUACUGUCAGGUCAUUCAGUUUAAUAAAUAUAGGGACCCCUGGUCACCUGUACUGACGAUUUGCUCUGGAGAAUUUUGAAACUCCCAAGUUAAAAAGAGUCUAUUUAAAUGCACAAAUUGUAGAAUAGUUUUUAAGUAUUAGUUUACAGAUGGAGAAAUAUGUACUUAUUUGUUUAAAUUUUCAGUUUCGAUUAAAUGCU